UCGCCAUCCCCGUGCCGUCCACACCUCACUGUUCCACUCUCUACCCUUGUCAUCAUGUCAGCCAAGGUCCUUAUUUUAGCGUGUGUGGUGGCAGUGGCUGUAUGCUUGCCCCAGGGCUACAACUACAACGCUCCAGCCCCACCUCCUCCCCAGCCUGCCCCAUCCAACCUGUACCAGACCCCUCAGAGUCCACCACGACCUGCUCCUGCACCUGCUCCUCCUCGACCUGCUCCCCCUCGACCUGCCCCAGCUCCUGCACCUGCCAGACCUUCUGCAGGUUACGGCCAACCUGCUGCCUCCAACCUCAGCCCAAGUCAGAGCAGCCCUCCGGCUGGUGGUGGGGAAGGCAUGCCGUACGACUUCCAGUGGGGCGUUGACGACGCAGAGUCCGGCAACUCGUACAGCCACGUCGAGAACAGCGACGGCAAGACCACGCAGGGCGAGUACCGCGUACUGCUCCCUGACGGCCGCACGCAGGUCGUGAAAUUCUUCGAUAACGGAGGCGGCUUCAAUGCUGAGGUCACCUACGAGUGAACGAACUAAGCGAGCGAAACGAAAUCGAACAACGAACGGUCCUCCUUUCCCUUCCGCAUACUUCUUUUAUUUAAUUCAUUCAAUUAUAUUGCCGAUGAGGCAAUGAAUUUAUAUGAAUAGUUUCUGUUCUCAUUUUGUUCCAUUCUGUGAAAAAUUGAGUUAUUUGACUAGAGAAAAGAAUGGUUAUCAAACGCUUGCUGCAUAGUAUUUGCCUUCACGUUUUAAUUUUGGAACCUUAUGAAGCCUUUGCUCCACGAACACGUCAACAUGAGUUACGAAAGAUUUCUGAAAACUGUUUUGCUGUAUGCAAGAAUUAACGCACUUACAUAUUUAUGCUUUGUAUGUAUAUUACAUCAUUUACAAUAUU